AUGAGCUUUAUCUUGGCAGCUUCAGCUGCGAACUCUACGGCGACCGGGGCCGCGUACGGCGGGCAGGGAGGAGGAGGUGGUAGUGGUGGUUCUCGAGGUCCAAAUCCGGACGAGGUAAUGGUUUACUGGCUAGACAUCGCCCUCCUAUGUGCCAUGGGAGUCUUCUUUCUCGCCUUUCUGCCACGAGCAAUCGGACGAUUCAGCAGCUCUUUCGAAUGGAAGCGCGGAUUAAUCUUGAGGAGGGGUCGAAAUCCUGAACCAAUGGUGCAGCGUAUCUUGCCGCACGAACGUCUGUAUCGUGCAGAGACAUCGUCAACCCUCGGGGAUGACGAUGAGACAUCAUACCAAUCGCAUACACUGGCAAACCAUAUCGGGAACAAGGAUGGUCGAUCCGGCAAGGAAUGGGCCUCAAUGCCACCUGCAGUUUCGUCGCCUCCUAUACAUGUUUCUUCCCUGACAUCGAUCUUCCAUCCACUUUCGGCCUUCUUUUCGUAUUCUGUCACUCCGGGCAAAUCGGUCGGUAAAAUCACACUCAUGGCCAUCUACCUCGGUGCAGUCCUCUUCAUUACGUUCUUCAAGAAAGGAAACCCUCUCGAGGAUUCCAAUCGAGUCGGAUUCAUCGCUGUUUCCCAGAUUCCCGUUGCAGUCGCCCUUGGAACAAAGAAUAACGUUAUCGGGAUGUUACUCGGAAUGGGGUAUGAACGCGUACGUUUCUAUUUUCUCCUUAUGAUCGACUAUUUUCUCCAAGAACUAAUUUUAUUCUGGUCCGAUGUGAAGUUGAAUUACCUACAUCGCUGGGUCGGUAUCGUUACAUUUGGUACAUCCGUCGUGCACGCCCUCGGAUAUAUUUAUAAAUAUGCAAUUGCUGGUCAACUAGGACCGAAACUGAACAGACCUUUCAUUAUAAAUGGUUUGAUUGGCCUGGGUGGAGUGUCCAUUCUUUACUUUGCUUCGCUCAGCGGAAUUCGUAAGAGGCUCUACACAUGUUUCCUGUACGCACACAUUGCAGGGAACGUCCUCUUCUUCGUCGGGGUGUACCUCCACGAAUCCGUUUGCAGGAAAUACGUUCUGCUUGCGGUUGGGAUUUAUGGCAUUGAUCACGUCCUCCGCGUAAUCAAGACACGUAUUUCUACAGCACAUGUCACGGCCGUGAAGGAGCUCGGACUAACCCGCAUCGAGCUGCCCCAUGUUGGAGCGGGCUGGCGAGCAGGACAGCAUGUACGCUUGCGUAUACUGUCUGGCGAGUUAGGUCUUCUCGGAUGGACUAUAGCACAUCCGUUUACUGUUGCCUCCGCGAGUGAUUCGACAUCCGGACGUGGCCUUGUACUAUUGUGUAAAAAAGCCGGUGGCUGGACCGGAAGACUGUAUGCUGCAGCGACCCGAGCAAAUGCAUUCGCUAUCGAAAAAGGGAAUGGAGUAUCCCAAGUACGUUACAUGAAGGUGAUACUUGAGGGGCCAUAUGGUGGAGUAGGUAACAUGGUCAUGUCCAGCUAUUCGUCGGUCUUGCUCGUUGUAGGGGGAAGUGGGGUCACGUUUGCACUAAGCCAGACGGAAGAGCUUGUUCAGGACAUUAUCGCUGGCAGGUCCGCGGUGAAGUUCAUCGAGAUCGUCUGGAUCACACAGGAUAAGAAUUCAUUGGCUGCACUCUUGCCGACUUUCUCAAAUCUUCUCAGUUCGGUCAUGCAGGUCCAAGGCGUCAUCAUGCGCAUCACAGUACAUUACACGAGAGCAGAUAAAUCCUCAGACACGACAUACAUCCCAAAGCAGCCGAAUCCAAGCUCUGGGCUCGACGCACAUCUUGCAACACUCGCACCUAACCUCACUAUGCAUCCUGGCCGGCCAAUGCUACCACAUAUUGUGAGUUCUAUUGCCCGGGUUACAUCAAGUAUCCCGAAUGCAAAAGGGCUUGCAGUAGGCGUAUGUGGUCCCACAGGACUUGCUGGUGAAGUCGGUCGAGCAGUUCGAGGCAUUGACAGUCCAUUGAGAGGGGCAUGUGGAGGUGUAGACCUGCAUGAAGAAGUGUUUGGCUGGUAA